AGAUAUCAAUAGCACACCAUUGUAAGCACUUGUUCCGCCGCCUUUUUCUCUUCACCGUCUCCUCGUAUUUCUACAAUUCUACGCUUUCCUUUUUAGUUUCUCUCUUUUUAUCAUUCUUCUUCUUCAACACCACAUAAAAAUUAUUUAAACAAAACCAAAAAAAAGGCAACAAAUUAUUCAUCGGCACAUUUCAUUCUAAUCUCCCUUAAGGCAUCGCCAGGUUGAGACGACACGUCAAGAAUGGCGCGCCGUCUCUUCACUUGCUUCGGCAAAGGCUCUUCUCAUUCUUCUUCCAAACACCACCAGACCUCUAACGACAAUGCAACGGCAGACUUAACGGCGGAGGAGCAGAAACGGUGCGGGCCAGUGGUGGUGGAGUUAUUCUCAUCACAGGGCUGCGCCACCUCACCUGAGGCGGAGCUGUUGUUUUCGAGGAUAGGAAGAGGCGAUUUUAACCUGGAGAUGCCGGUGAUUUUGUUGGCAUAUCAUGUGGAUUACUGGGAUUAUAUGGGCUGGAAAGAUCCAUUUGGGUCUAGUUUAUGGACCGUUAAACAGAAGGCUUAUGUUGAGGCCUUAAAUCUUGAUACAAUGUUUACUCCACAAAUUGUGGUCCAAGGACGAGCUCAAUGUGUUGCCAAUGAACACGAAGCUCUCUUCUCUUGCAUCAAAUCUGCCCCCAGAUUUCCUGCUCCUUCCUUCCAGGCGACAUUCGAGAGGCCAACAGCAGAGUCAUUGCAAGUAUCCCUAUUAGGAUCUCUGAGGAGUAAGGUGGACAACAAUGGUGUCAAUAUCAUGAUUGCUCUGUACGAAUGCGGUUUGGUGACUGAUUGCGCUACGGGAGAAAACAAAGGAAAAAUGCUUGCAAAUGACUAUGUUGUUAGGAAGCUGGAAAAGCUCUGUUCAGUCAAGGAUAUUACUGCAAAGAAGACGAUCUCUGGAACUGUCAAUUUCUCUCUUUGGGAUGGCUUCAAUAGUAGCAAAUGUGGCGUAGCUCUCUUUGUCGAAAAUGGCUCUCAUCAAAUUUGUGGAUCACAGAACUUUAAAUUGCCGGAAAAUCUCUGAAUAGUUUGAUGAUUUACUGAUUGAAACUCUUUGGUUACUGGUUGGAUUGCUUGUAAUGAGUUUCUUAUCAAAAUUUCUUGCGAAGCAUUCCAGAUACAAACUUGUUCAUUAUGUAUAGGUUGUGUGUGAAUGUUGGUGUUAGCUUCUUUAUCCGUUUCUUUUUUAAAACUCUUUUUUUUUUUUUCAGUUUGACAUAUUUAUUCUUUCUUUGUACUAAGUGAUUGGAUUAUUAGAAAAUGCGACUAGAGAUAUUUUAGUGUAA